CCGAGAACUUGCUUCGUGUACCAAGUAACACUGCGCAGUCAGCACGAUCUGGAAUGGCCGACCGGAUCAACACGGAUGUACUGAGUGUAUAUAAACCACCUGGUUUUUCGUCAUCCUCAGGUAAAUACCUCCAAUAUCUCAGAAUCUGACUGCGUUUGCACCUUGACACUCCAACAUUCAACCUGCUUCUCAUAUUAUGAUUACCAUGGGACCUUUCGCAUUCCUCUCCGUACUAUUAUCAUUGCCUUGGAACAUCGGCGGGGUAGGGACCUGUGGUACUGCUGAUAUUGUCGGCAACUCAGUAGCAAAUUGCGACUGUCCAACUCGCACGUCCCUUACCCCAAGUUGUGGGGGUAAGGGCAUGAAGUGUAACGAUCCUUACUGCCAUGUGGAUACUACUGGCGAGCUCGUGGAAUGCUUCGAAGGAUGCGUGCAAGGCAACAUCGAAUGCGACGCCUGUUACCUCUACUUCCACAGCCUGUGCCUCUGCAUGAAAAAGAGCAGCCUAAAUUGCAUUCAAAGCGGAGAUUGGUGGUUACUUAACGAUCAUAAGCUGAUUACGACCUCCAAAAAGGUACCGGGGAUCUUGCAAUUGGGUUCUGACAAUGGAGGUUGGGAAUUCGGACAGUCGCUCCUAGGCGCUGGCACAGUGGCCUCAAGGCAAUGGGGGACGCUGUCCGUCAACUCGGUCCUUUCGAGAGACGAGGAGCAAAUCCAUAUCCAUGUCUGCGACAAUCCAUCAAGUGCCCUCAGGACGCAUCUGUCAACCUUGAAUUGGUACGACUUCAAGGACAAACCGAAGCCUUUGUUGGUGCCAAUUGCAGGAAACAGCAGAUUUCCUGCAGGCACGGUGCAAUGUCAAGCGGCGCUAAACCCAGGUACACACAUGGACGUCGCGGAAAUUACCAGCAAAUACGUUAAUAGCCUUGGUGGAUGUGAGCGAGAAAAAGUUGGAGCUGGUCUGAUUACCGAUAAAAAUGAUUAUUCCUGGGUAUGCCUAACGACAAUGGAUGAUCAUGCGGCGGUACAGCUAUUCUGUUAUGUAUAAUUAAGGUGAUUUAUACUAUAAGGGGUUUCUACUUACCUAGACUAGGUUCGGACCUUGCGCAGGUAUUCAAUGAUAUUAGAACCCACGCGCGUGGCGCGGGGUUAUGGGCUUCUUAUACUCUUAAACCACCGACUCC